AGAUGAGUCUUCCUGAUUCCAAGGCCAGUGCUUUAGAUCUACUGCACCCCCUAGCUGCUCUGAUGACUUUAAAGCACGAUAUAAAUGAGCCAAUAAUAAGGCUAAAUAUUUUUGUGUGAUACAUAACUGUCCUCUAAUUUUAUUUUAAGAAAAACAAAUCCAGAUGUAUAUUUCCAAUAAAUUCAUUUCAGAUGUGAGUAGCGGGUCUUCAUACCUGAGCUGUAAAGAAUUUAGAGCAAAAUUGCUACUUUAAUGCAUGUUUUAAAAAAUUCAAACAUUUAAUACUUUCCGUGGCCAUUUAAAACUUAAAAACAAAAACAAAAACCCAAAACCCAUAUCUAUGUAAAGAAAGGGUAGAGGAGAUUAUACUUUGUAAAUAAGUCCACAGAGUGUAGUGUAAGCUGAGGAAGUAGUGGAAUGUUAGCCUCCCAUCCCAUUGGUUGAGAUUAUUUAUCCAAAUGUUGGGAUUUUGCAUAAAAGAAAGGAGCUAUUGAAGCUGGUCUGUAUUUGAUGGUGAGAGGUACUAGCAAUGACAAUGGAAAGGAUCAUGAAGGGAAUAUUUUUUCUCUUUCUUUUGAGUCUUCUAACUACUUGUGUUGUGCAUGGAAUUUUUAUGGACAAACUUGCUACCAAGAAGCUCUGUGCUGAUGAAGAGUGUGUCUAUACGAUUUCCCUUGCUAAAGCUCAAGAUGAUUAUAAUGCCCCUGACUGUAGGUUCAUUAACAUUAAAAAGGGGCAGCAGAUCUAUGUUUAUUCAAAACUAGUGAAGGAAAAUGAAGCUGGAGAAUUUUGGGCUGGAAGUGUAUAUGGUGAGCAUUAUGAGGAAGAAAUGGGAAUUGUAGGAUAUUUUCCCAGCAAUUUGGUCAAAGAGCAACAUGUCUACCAAGAGGCAACCAAAGAAAUUCCUACAACGGAUAUUGACUUCUUCUGUGAAUAGGAAUUUACAGAUAUUGAAAUUUCUGAUGAAAACCUUGGAUAUUUAAAAUACAUCCAUAGCCUCCUCAAACUAAUCCAAAUCCCCACA